AUGUCCGGUGGACAAUGGGGUUGUCUACGCGUGUGGAAUCCAAUAAGUGGGCGUUGCGAAUUGGAAAUUCGAGGACCUUUGGACCGCCGACCAAGUGCUUUAACACAAACCUCUGGAGUUACUGGUAAGGUCAAUCGGGAAUCCAUUGAAUACGGCCUGCACUCCAUCGUUGACCUACAAGUUACCGAGGUCAAGCCGCACGAGGGAUAUCCAGCAGUGCCUGCUGAUGAUACGGGUCUUGUUCCCAAGCUCGUAUUAGUUCGCCAAAGUAACCAUGUGGAGUUUUACAAUCCAUCGACCGGCAAACUGAUCUCGGAGCGUAUUGCAGUUGCUUAA